AAUUUUCCAGAAGAAAAUGUCAGCAUCUUGUACGGUAUGCGCCCCACACACCACGAGACCAGUCAGCCGCUGCGUAGCGACAAGUUCAGAUCUGUCUUUGUCCCGUCUCGCUAACCAAAGUUAUCUGCCAAGCAGUGAGCCUCGUUGACCAGAGGCUGGAUUAACCAGGUUGAAACGAGCGAGACGACUCAACGGAAGGUGCAGAAUCCGAAAAGCACGCGUUGAAAUCCAGAAAUCCGUAGAAUCCGAUCAGGCCAGAAACCGUCCCUGGAGAGAGCGAGAAGAAGGGGCCCGGGAGCCUCUUGCGUGCACAGCCCUGUCAUCGACGGCGUCGUUCGCCUCAGCGGCAAGAGCGGCAAGAUCGGCUCGACCAAUAGAAGCUCGCCUUCGAUAGUUGGAGAAGCUACCGCGCGCCAACGGCUGCGUCUCGCUCGGCACAGUCGCGAAAAGACGGCGGCGACUCGGCGAGAGAGCGGAAUAACCUCAACGGCUCAACCCCGCGCGCCAGUCCUCCCCGGUGACGAGUAGCGUGCUGGUCUUCAAGUCGCUCGUCAGCUCUCCUCGGCAACAGCAGCAGUCCGAUAACUCCAUCCAUCGCUCUUUUUCGCAAUUCGCAGUGCUUCUUCUGCACGAGGCCGAGAGCAUCGCUCCGUUCGUCGUUGUCUAGCCAGGUGAAUUUGGAAAAAAAUGCGUCGUCUAUCCAGAGGAAAGCAAAGAAAGUCAGAGGCUAACAGUGAUGCUGAAGAAGAAGUUAGUGGCUCUGCAAAAACUGAUAAUGACGAAACUGGAUCUGGAAACGACGUAGAAGUAUCAAAUUCCACAGGAAAGAAGCGCAAUGCGAGAGGUCGUGUCAAGACAAGUGAAGAGAAUCGAGUAGAUGAUAAGGAAGAAGCAGAGGGACAAGAAAAUGGAAAGCCUGCUAGCAAGAGAAGGAAGAAGGACAGCGAUGAAAAUGUAGAGAGUGAAAAAGCAGAAUCAGAUAACGAGACUGAAAGGCCAGUAAACAAAAAAAGAAGAGGCAAACUACAAGACAAAGAUAGCAGCAAAGCAGAGUCAGAAGAAGAAGCCGAAAAACCUGUAAACAAAAAGAAGAGGGGCAAACAGGAUAAGGACAGCGACGUAAGUUAUGAAGAGAAGAAGGACAAAACUGAAGAAAAUGGAAAAUCGGCCAAAGGUAAAAAGAAGGGUAAAACUGCUCGAAAAGAAGAUCCUAAAGAAGCCGAGGAUGAGGAGGAAGAAGACGAAGAGGAAUAUGAAGUUGAAAAAAUAAUUGAUCAGCGUACAAUUAAAGGUCGACGUCAAUUCCUAGUCAGAUGGAAAGGCUACACAGCAGAAUCUGAUACUUGGGAAGAUGAUAAAGAAUUGAACUGUGACAGGUUGAUAGAGGAAUUCCUGACUGAACAGGAAGAGAAAGAUGACUCGCACGAAGAUGACGAAAAUGAAAGGACAGACAAAAAGGCCAAGGGCAAAAAACCAGAUAAAAAGUCUAAAAAAGCAAAGAAAUCUGCUGCCAAAGCUAAAAACGGUUCACCAAAGCAAGCUACUAGGCAUAAGGAAAAAGAAAAAGACUCAGAUGACGAUGAUGAAGACGAGGACGAUGCAAAAGAAUACGAAGUUGAAAAGAUCAUUGAAGUUCACUUCAAAAAAGAUAAAAAACGCGAAUUUUUAAUAAGGUGGAAAGGAUUCUCAGCGACAAGUGAUACAUGGGAACCGGAAGAAAAUUUGAACUGUCCCGAACUUAUCAAUAAGUUCAUGGAGAAAUUAGAUAAAAUAAAGAAUAUAGAAUCAAGGGAGUUAAGAAUGAAUCCUUCACAUACAAAACGCUAUACAUUAACAAUGCAUGCAGAUAAGAGACAAUCUCGGCGCCAUGCUGAUAAACAGAGAGUAACCUACCAUGAAUGCGAUGCGUGAAAAGGAUGAUUAAAUGGAAAAAACCAAGAAAAGUUAACGACUUCAAAACUGUUUGCUAAAUACAAAGUGCAAAUUUGUAUUUAAUAUUAAGUGUUUUAUUUUCAAUUGUAUAAACGUUUUAAUCCGUUAAUAAUAACGUUUAUUUUCAAAAUGUUCACAUAUAUCAUACACCUUGAAUGCAAAAGUAAAAAAUAGGGCUAAAUUUCUUUGAAAUUUUUGAUAAGUUAAAAAUAUUUACGCAUAAGAUAAAGCAAGGAAAUAUGUAAGUGCGCAUAUUGUGGCUAUACAAACUUUCAAUGAAAGUUUACACGACUUGUUCAAUUUAAGAAAUUAGAAUUUUACCCAUAAAAUGAUCAGAAAUGUCAAAUGUGUCCAAAAUCUGCGUUGUGACUUGUCAGUCAUAUAUAAAUAUUAUACAUAAAUAUGCUUAUUUACACACAUUAUAAAUCAGUAAUGUAAUUUAUAAGUUAAAGCACUAUAAGAGAAAAAUUAUAUUAUAAAGUGAAUUAUAUUAAUCAAAUACUAGGUGCAAAGUUUUCAAAAAUGUUUGAUGUAUCUGUUAACCGAUAUAUUUAAUCUAUAAUUUAAUAUUCAUUUUAUAUAUAUUUAUAUAGACUUAUUAUUCAAGUUUCACAUGACUUUUUCAGUUUGAAUGAUAAUUAAAUUUUUAAAUAAUGGUUUUUAAAUGUAUGAGACUUGAAUAAUGAUAAAUUCUAUAUAGUUUUGUCUACAAAUUGUAUUAUUCUACAUAAUAUAUUUCAUAAAAUUGGAAAUUAUAUUAAUACACUGUAGUGAGUUUUUAAAGUUACACAAUCCGCAAUUUAAAACUUUCUUUUAAAUAUAUAAAUGAAAGUUUUUUUGUAAAUUACAAAAUAAUUUUUUAUAAUUUUUCAAACAAAAUUUUAAAGAAUUUUGUUCUUAAAUUGUUCAAUAUAAUUGUGGUAUUUGUUACUUUACUGAAUAAACGCAAUGAAAAAAGUGAAACUGAUUUAAAAUAUAUAGUGAAUUUAUUGUUUUAUUAUAUCUCUCAUUUUAAUUUCGUGCAUCAUACGGAUGCUCGUACAAUUGUCUCUGUAUACCAUCUACAUUCUUUUCAUAAAUUUUGUUUAAUUCUUUAAAAGCUA